AUGGAUUCGCCACCUUCCCGAUUGGGAAGGUUAGAUUCAAAUUCGUCGAAUCAUGAUGGCAAGGGGCUGCGGAGUUCAUCCUCGCUGUCGAAAUCGAUUUCUAGUUCCUCCAGCCAAAGUUUGUCCUCCAUUCUCAAUAAUCCUCACGCCGGGAAAUCCGACUACUGGUGGUCCUCGACGUCGUCCAUCCCCGCUCCAGAGUUCGCGCCGUUGCCAUUGGCCAACUCCUCCGCUGUUCCCAAACCUGGAUCCGAAGUUACUAAAGCUGAUUUCGGUCCCUACAUCCGCUCUAUCUCCGAGCAUUACAGUCGCUUCCAUGACAUUCAACAACACGAGUCGCUUGAGGGGCAGGACGGUGAGUUUGCGGGACAGGGCGAGGCAUUGGUGGCUUGUUUAAGGGAAGUUCCUGCUUUGUACUUUAAGGAAGACUUCAAAUUGGAGGAGGGCGGGACUUUCAAGGCGGCAUGUCCAUUCAAAACGACAGCAGAGAACUUGGUGUUGCAGGAAAAGCUCUCGCAGUACUUGGAUACUGUGGAGUUGCAUUUGGUGAAGGAGAUUUCUCUCAGGUCCAGCUCCUUUUAUGAAGCUCAAGGGCAGUUGGAGGACUUGAAUACCAAAAUUGUGGAAGGAUGCAAUAGGAUUAGGGAAUUGAAGGAAACUAUUAGGCUUUUGGACUCAGGUUUAAUUGGUUCCGCGAGGCGUGUACAGGAGGUGAGUUUGCGGAGGGAUAAUUUGGUUGCAUUGAGGAACAAGUUGAAGCUCAUACAAUAUGUAAACCAAGCACUCUCUACUCUGAAUUUGCUUAUUGCUUCUGCAGAUUGUGCUGGAGCUUUAGAUGUUACACUUGAUUUGCAGCAGUUAUUGGAUGGGGAUGAGCUGACUGGUUUGCAUUGCUUUCGGAGUCUUAGGGAUCACGUAGUAGCGGCUGUGGACUCUAUCAACAAUAUUCUUUCAGCGGAAUUUUUGCGCGUGUCUUUGCAUGAGGGACGUGAGGGUGCAUCAUUUGAAUCAAUAACAAGAGCAAGCGCAAUUAUGACUGGGCAAGAUGUACAGGUUGAAUUGAAUGAAGAUGAGGCCUCAAAUCUGCGAGAUCGGCUUCUUCCUGUUGUUAUUGGAUUGCUUAGAACCGCAAGACUCCCUGCUGUGUUGAGAAUGUAUCGUGAUACACUCACUGCUGAUAUGAAAGCUGCUUUCAAGGCGGCAGUUUCUGAGUGGCUUCCUGUUCUUGUUGCCUCAGAUAUUGUCCAAGGCGAAAGGGUGGUUGAUACUGAUGGGGGAGGUUCCAGACUUGGAGAUAAACUUAGAAGCCUGUCUCCUGACUGCUUUCUUCAGCUUUUGAGUGCUAUUUUUGUUGUUGUACAGGCACACUUGGAACGAGCUUCUGAAGUUAAAAAGGCAAUUGAGUGGAUUAUGUCUAAUCGUGAUGGUCAUUAUGCUGCCAAUACUGUUGCUGCUGCUAUUGCAGUUGGUGCAGCAGCAGUGGAAUCAUCGCAAGAGACUGAUGGUAGUGCCGGUAACCUCUUGUCAUACACUUCUCAUGGAGAUGGCCGGGAAAAUCAUGCUUCAACCCCAUCUAAUUCAUCUGGGAAUUUCCGAACUGAUGUUCUAAGGGAGAAUACAGAAGCUGUAUUUGCUGCUUGUGAUGCAGCUCAUCAUAGAUGGGCGAAGCUCCUGGGAGUCCGUGCAAAUAUCCAUGACAAGCUGAGGUUGCAGGAGUUUUUGAGUGUUUAUAACUUGACUCAGGACUUCAUGAAUGUAACAGAAAAGAUUGGUGGAAGGUUGGGUUAUAGCAUCCGUGGAAUUCUGCAGUCACAGGCUAAAACUUUUGUUGAGACCCAACAUGAAUCUCGAAUGGCCAAGAUGAGAGCUAUUCUUGAGCAAGAAAAUUGGAAUGAAGUGGAUGUGCCUGAUGAAUACCAAACUAUUCUCAAUUCAAUGUUUUCCUCAGAAUCUUCUUCAAGUGAGCACAUAGACGAGCCUCCCGUUGGUUCACCAGCAAGCAAUGGCAACCCACCUGUGCAUACAGAAGCUUCUCCAGGGGGUGAUGCUGGAUCUUUGAAUUUAGUUGAACAUGCUGGCCAGAAUGAGUCUGGUCAAUUGAGUGGAGAUAAUCGCCAGCGGAACUCUGCUGAGAACACUGCUGAAAAUGGUCCUUCUACUGCCCAGAAUAAUGAUGCUAACCGAAAAGAGCGUGGAAAACCUUCCUGUAGAACUCUUUCUUUCAAAGGUCUUCAGUAUCACAUGGUGAAUUGUGGUUUAAGUCUGGUCAAGAUGUUAGCAGAAUACAUUGACAUGGUUAAUUGUUUGUCAAUGCAAUCAUCAGAAAUUGGGCGUCGUAUUGUGGAAAUCUUGAAGUUUUUCAAUACAAGGACUGCUCAGCUUGUUCUUGGGGCAGGAGCCAUGCAGGUGUCUGGUUUGAAGUCUAUAACUUCUAAGCAUCUUGCUUUGUCCAGUCAGGUCAUUGGUUUUGUGCACGCAAUGAUACCUGAAAUCAGGAGAGUUCUCUUCUCAAAAGUACCCGAGACGCGCAAGGUUCUUCUGUCAUCCGAGAUUGAUCGUGUAACACAGGAUUACAAAGUCCACCAAGAGGAGAUACAUUCGAAGCUUGUUCAGAUUAUGAAAGAGAGAUUGUUGUUUAAUCUUCGCCGAUUGCCACAAAUUGUUGAGAGUUGGAAUGGGCCUGAAGAUUCUGAUCCACAGCCAAGUCAAUUCGCGCUGUCUGUUACUAAGGAAGUUGGUGUCUUACAGCGUGCCCUAUCUCGAACACUGCAUCAGUUUGAGGUUGAGACUAUCUUCAGGCAAGUGGUUGUGAUAUUUCAUACUCAGAUUUCCCAGGCAUAUUCGAGUGUAGAUGUCAGUACUCCACAAGCUAAAAGCAGGCUGCAACGUGAUGUUCAUCACAUCCUUCGGUGCAUUCGAUCUUUGCCUUCUGGCUGUUCAAGUGAAUCUGGUCCAACAAACUGGGGGCAGCUUGAUGAAUUCUUUGUGCAAAGAUUUGGCACAGAAACUGACAAUUAG